UAAGUUAACGGGGCGCUCGGCCUCGGCAGUGCCAACCGCUAGCGGUUUAUUCUUCAAGGACCUCGCUGUCAGCCUGGGAAACCACUGCCACCGCCUGACCAUGACCGAAGAACUGGUCCUGGAGAGAUGUGACCUGGAGCUGGAGACCAACGGCCGUGACCACCACACAGCCAACCUGUGCCAGGAAAGGCUGGUGGUGCGGCGGGGCCAGCCCUUUCAGCUGACGCUGCACUUCGAGGGCCGUGGCUACGAGGCCAGCGUGGACAACCUCACCUUCAGCGUGGUGACCGGCCCAGCCCCCAGCACGGAGUCCUGGACCAAGGCCCGCUUCCAGCUGUCCGACACUAUGGAGGAGUGUGCCUGGGCGGCCGCGGUGGUCAACCAGCAGGACAAUGUCCUCUCCCUGCAGCUCAGCGCCCCGGCUCAUGCCCCCAUUGGCCUGUACCGCCUCAGUCUAGAGACCUCCACCGGUUACCAGGGCUCCAGCUUCGUGCUGGGCCACUUCAUCCUGCUCUUCAACACCUGGUGUCCAGCGGACGAUGUGUACCUGGACUUGGAGGAGGAGCGGCAGGAGUAUGUCCUCACCCAGCAGGGCUUCAUCUACCAGGGCUCAGCCAAGUUCAUCAAGAGCACUCCCUGGAACUUUGGGCAGUUUGAAGACGGAAUCCUGGACAUCUGCCUGAAGCUCCUUGAUCUCAACCCCAAGUUCCUGAAGAAUGCCAGCCGCGACUGCUCCCGCCGCAGCAGCCCGGUCUACGUGGGCCGGGUGGUAAGCGCCAUGGUCAACUGCAAUGAUGACCAAGGUGUGCUGCUGGGACGCUGGGACAACAACUACGGGGAUGGCAUCAGCCCCACGUUCUGGAUUGGCAGUGUGGACAUCCUGCGGCGCUGGAAGAACUGUGGCUGCCAGAAAGUCAAGUAUGGCCAGUGCUGGGUCUUUGCUGCUGUGGCCUGCACGGUACUCCGGUGCCUUGGCAUCCCAACUCGCGUGGUGACCAACUUUAACUCAGCCCACGACCAGAACAGCAACCUGCUCAUCGAAUACGUCCGCGACAAGUUCGGAGAGAUCCAGGGUGACAAGAGCGAGAUGAUCUGGAACUUCCACUGCUGGGUGGAGUCAUGGAUGACCAGGCCAGACCUGCAGCCGGGGUACGAGGGGUGGCAGGCCCUUGACCCCACGCCCCAGGAAAAGAGUGAAGGGACAUACUGCUGUGGCCCGGUUCCAGUUCGUGCCAUCAAGGAAGGCGACCUGAGUACCAAGUAUGAUGCACCUUUUGUCUUUGCCGAAGUCAACGCUGACGUGGUGAACUGGAUCCAGCAGGAGGAUGGGUCCAUGCAAAAGUCUGCCAGCCACUCCCAGGUCGUGGGGCUGAGGAUCAGCACAAAGUGUGUCGGCCGUGAUGAGCGGGCAGACAUCACUCACACCUACAAGUACCCAGAGGGGUCCCCGGAGGAGAGGGAGGCCUUCACGAGGGCCAACCACCUGAACAAGCUGGUGGAGAAGGAGGAGACUGGGAUGGCCAUGCGGAUCCGUGUGGGCCAGGGCAUGAACAAGGGCAGCGACUUUGAUGUCUUCGCCUACAUCACCAACGACACCUCCGAGGACCACACCUGCCACCUUCUGCUCUGUGCUCGCACCGUCAGCUACAAUGGGACCCUGGGGCCCGAGUGCGGCACCACGCAAGUGCUGGAUCUUGCCCUGGAGCCCUUCUCUGAGAAGAGCAUCCCUCUUCACAUCCUCUAUGAGAACUACUGUGACUGCCUGACCCAGUCCAACCUCAUCAAGGUGCGGGGCCUCCUCACCGAGCCAGCUGCCAACAGGUACCUGCUGGCUGAGAGGGACAUCUACCUGGAGAAUCCAGAAAUCAAGAUAAGGAUCCUGGGAGAGCGCAAGCAGAACCGCAAGCUGGUGGCCGAGGUGUCCCUGCAGAACCCGCUCACUGUGCCCCUGUUGGACUGUGCCUUCACCGUGGAGGGGGCCGGCCUGACUGAGGAGCAGAAGACAGUGGAGAUCCCAGACCCUGUGGAGGCAGGGGAGGAAGUCAAGGUGAGGGUGGACCUGAUGCCGCUCCACGUGGGCCGCCACAAGCUGGUGGUGAACUUCGAGAGUGACAAGCUCAAGGCAGUAAAGGGCUACCAGAAUAUCAUCAUUGGCCCCUCCUAAGGGGCUCCUGUGCUGCCCCCUCAGCCUGCUGAAAGCCCCCAACUUGACCCCAAACUUUAUGUCAAGUGAAUGAGCAAACUUUGCCCUCUCUUGGGCCCCAGACCCCAGGUGCCUACUACCUGGGGCUCUUUGGAAUGGAAUGUACUUCUGGCCUGACUCACACCACUGAGCCUGGUUCCCCAGCCCCUGUAACCAUUCUGUGUCCCCACAGAGGGGACCCUGGCCUUGGCUGGCUGGGGGGAGGGGUGGGGGAGGAUUCUCACAUCUGUCCACCCCAAACACCACUGGAAAAUCAGUAACCACCUACUAUCUUGUUUGAUCUACUUCAUACCCCCUGGGAGCAGGCAAAAAAAAAAAAAAAAAGCGUGCCCAUUGGCCAGAUCAAGGAGCUCAAAUCCCAGACUUUGUCCUGUACCCCUUCUCCAGACUGUCGCCGAAGCCCAGGGACCCUGGGAGAGCCAAUGCCAGGUGAGGGUGGGGAGGGGGCCCAGGCCCAAGCUCCCCUCCACAUCUCAGCAUCCCUGGCCCAAUGGUCCCCUGCCCAUCUCACUACUCUGAGGUGUCUACUAUGUGCCAAGCACGUCCAUGCUCAACGGUGCUCACACAUCCACCAGCCCAUUUAAUCACCAUGGGAAACUGCAGAGUAGGUGCUGCUUUCUCAAUGAGGAAACUGAAGUCAGAAAGGGGAGAUGCCUCACACCCAACCUGAAGGCCUGUGGUUACUUGCAAGGCUGGGUAAUGUGGAAGCCUGGGGAUGGAGCUCAGCCGGGCCUUCUGACUCCGAGUCCAGUGCUCUUUUCACGAUGCCACCCCUGACCUGAGAAGGGCAAAGGCCUUUUGGGACCUGAUCAAAAAGGUCCCAGUUGAGGUGAGGAGAUAGGGAGUGGGUUGGAGGGGCUGAAGGUCAGAGCCCUGGGUUCAAGCCCCAAGUCAGGCCGUGUGAGCCUAAGCCACUGCCUUCCCCUCUCUGGACCUCGGUUUCCUCAUUGGUCGGAGGGGUGAUUGAACUAGCUCGCCUCCAAGGCCCUCUGCCCUCCAUACUUCUGAUGCCUUCAUAUUCCCCAGCCUUGCAAAUAACCAGGAGCCCUGCUCCCUGGCUCCACAAAGACUUAGGCGACAGGUCCAGGAUGCUUCUGAGAAUUAAACCAUGACUGUGACCACCAUCCUGCCCCAAGCCCUGUCCUGGUCCCCAACCAGUAUCCUUCAGAGCCUUCCUUCAGAUGCCAGUUCUAGGGGUCAAGAGCCCUUGGUGCCUCUCCUACUCAUGAGCCUUCCUGCCACAAUGCCUAGACUUCACACCGGUAAAGGCUUAGCUGUCGGAACCAGCCAUUAACCAACAAGGUCAGCGCCUGGGCCACUCCCUCUUUACAGGACCCUGGAGCCCAGCCCUUGCAUCUGAUAAGCUUGGGGAGCCCAUGAGUUGUCAUCUCUGCUUUUAUCCAGUUCCGUCCAAGCGACUGGGCUCCCCUCAAGCUGGAAGGGGAGAAAGAAUGCUACACCAGGGGUGGGAUCACAGCCUCCAUGUCCCCCAAAUUCAAGAGAAGUGCCUGGGAAAAGCCACACUGUUGCAACUAGAACUUUCUGCUUUGCACAGAAGGGAAUAACAAAUGAGCCAAUGUGUAUAUGUUUUAUAUAAAUAUAGCUCUAUUUCUCUACGGUUUUAUACAAGCUUUUGGAUUUCAAGCAGGCAGUAGAUGAGCUUUUAAACCACAAGGAGUCAGCACGAAAAUAAAAGAGUUUAUUUUUCACAUUCAA